CAGCCUGGCUAAGCAGAGGGAGGGGAGAGGCAGCAUCUUAUUCCCACACUUACAGCAGGGCGGGGAGGUGCCUCUGCCUGGAAGGACCACAUCUCCUCUACACUGAAGAUGGAGGGGUUCCCCUAGCACCCAACACAGUGGGGGAGAAUCAUCAGAAAGGAGCAGCAGCAGCCUCUGGACUAAUGCAGGCUCUGUUGACACCCCCAGAAUUAAACACAGCAUCAGGAUCUCAAAGGGUAGAGGCCCUUUAUUCUUUCUCCAAUAAACUACUGCCUCCCUCUUGGGGGUAACAUCCCACCUGCCAAGAUGAUGGAGAUACAGAUUGACGAUGGGGUGGUCUACCAGGAUGACUACUGCUCUGGGUCGGUUAUGUCAGAGCGGGUAUCGGGGUUGGCAAACAGCAUUUACCGGGAAUUUGAGCGCCUCAUACGAUGCUAUGACGAGGAAGUGGUAAAGGAACUCAUGCCACUGGUGGUCAAUGUUCUGGAAAACCUUGACGCUGUCCUGACAGAGAACCAGGAGCAUGAGGUGGAGUUGGAGCUGCUAAAGGAGGACAAUGAGCAACUGCUGACACAGUACGAGAGGGAGAAGGCUUUAAGGAAGCAGGCUGAGGAGAAAUUUAUCGAAUUUGAAGAUGCCUUGGAGCAAGAGAAGAAGGAUCUCCAGUACCAGGUGGAAACCCUCGAAUUUCAGGGACGGCAGAUGGAGCUGAAAACCAAAAACUAUGCUGACCAAAUCUCCAGGCUGGAAGAAAGAGAAUCAGAGUUGAAGAAGGAAUAUAAUGCAUUACAUCAGAGACACACAGAGAUGAUCCAAACCUACGUAGAACAUAUCGAGCGGUCUAAACUGCAGCAAGUAGCAGGAAACAGCCAAUCAGAUGGUGGUGUUACAGGCCGAAGCCACCGCCAGUCCUGGAGAAAGAGCAGGAAGGAGCGGCCGACCUCUCUCAACGUGUUCCCCUUGGCGGAUGGAAUGGUACGUGGGCAGAUGGGUGGCAAGAUCACCCCAAGCUCGGACCACUGGCACCUGAGCGACCUCAGCCAGCUAAAGUCCAGCUUCAGCUACAAGGACGAAAUGUCAGAAUCUGGUCAGUCGUCAGUAGCAGCUACCCCAAGCACUACAGGUACAAAAUCAAACACCCCUACUUCUUCUGUCCCGUCGGCGGCUGUGACGCCUCUACAUGAGAGUUUGCAGCCUCCCCAAGAUUAUGGCAUGACAGGAAAAGCCAAGAGAUCACGGGAGAAGAGGCACAGCCAUAACAUGGAAGUGCAAGUGACCCAGGAGAUGAGGAAUGUCAGCAUAGGUAUGGGAAGCAGCGAUGAGUGGUCUGAUGUCCAAGACAUAAUUGAUUCCACCCCAGAGCUGGACAUGUGUCAGGAUCCACGACUGGAGCGCACAGGAAACAGCCCAACACAAGGGAUUGUAAACAAAGCUUUUGGAAUCAACACCGAUUCUUUAUACCACGAAUUGUCCACGGCUGGGUCAGAGGUCAUUGGUGAUGUCGACGAAGGGGCGGAUCUCCUAGGAGAAUUCUCAGUGCGGGAUGAUUUCUUUGGAAUGGGAAAAGAAGUGGGCAAUCUCCUUCUGGAAAACUCACAGCUUUUAGAGACAAAGAAUGCGCUAAAUGUUGUUAAGAAUGACUUGAUUGCAAAAUUGGACCAACUGACUGGGGAGCAGGAGGUGCUCAAGGGAGAGCUGGAAGCCACCAAACAAGCCAAGGUUAAAAUGGAAACACGUGUGAAAGAGCUAGAAGAGGAGCUUAAGAGGGUGAAAUCGGAAGCUAUUGUGGCCUUGCAAGAACCCAAAGAGGAAGUGGAAGAGAGCUCCUCACCGCUGCAGGACAACAUUCCCAUCGCUCAGCGUAGACGAUUCACCCGCGUUGAGAUGGCCCGGGUUCUAAUGGAAAGGAACCAGUACAAAGAAAGACUGAUGGAGUUGCAAGAAGCUGUGCGGUGGACAGAGAUGAUCAGAGCCUCCAGGGAGCACCCUUCAGUCCAGGAGAAGAAGAAGUCAACCAUUUGGCAAUUCUUCAGCAGGCUUUUCAGCUCUUCAUCCAGCCCACCACCUCCCAAGAGGACUUACCCAUCUGUCAAUAUCCACUACAAGUCUCCCACGCCUGCGGGAUUCAGCCAGCGCCGCAGCCACACCAUGUGCCAGAUCUCCUCUGGGGGGCGCACCAUUGAGUUCUUCCCAGAUGAAUUGAGGAGUAACACUGUAGCUUCUCUCCUCAGCGACUGCACAUCUACGGCUCGCCGGGAGCAGAAGCGCGAGCAGUACCGCCAAGUGCGGGAGCAUGUGCGCAAUGACGAUGGGCGCCUCCAAGCCUGUGGGUGGAGCCUACCUGCCAAAUAUAAGCAGCUUAGUCCAAAUGGAGGACAGGAGGAUAACCGCAUGAAGAAUGUGCCAGUCCCAGUUUACUGCAGGCCACUGGUAGAGAAAGAUCCCACCAUGAAGCUGUGGUGUGCAGCCGGAGUAGAUCUGACAGGAUGGAAACCAUUUGAAGAGGAUUCUGGGAAUGGAGUCAGGCAGGUACCUGGGCGAGAUCCUCUAACCUGUGACCGUGAGGUGGAAGGAGAGAGCAAAAGCACCCACACAUCCCCUGAGAAGAAAAAGACAAAAGAACUCCAUGAAGCAGAUGCCACAUCCAGCCGAGUGUGGAUCCUCACUAGCACCCUGUCCACCAGCAAGGUGGUGAUUAUCGAUGCCAACCAACCGGGCACACUGGUAGACCAGUUCACUGUAUGCAAUGCUCAUGUCUUGUGCAUCUCCAGUAUACCAGCUGCCAGUGACGGUGACUAUCCUCCGGGGGAAAUUUUCCUGGAGGGGGAUAUAAACCCAGAGGACUCGGGAGACACUGAUGGAGUUCUGGCUGGGAUCACACUGGUAGGAUGUGCCACGAGAUGUAAUGUGCCACGGAGCAACUGCUCCUCCCGAGGGGACACUCCUGUCUUGGACAAGGGGCAGGGAGAAGUUUCUACCGUCAGCAAUGGGAAACUCAACCAGCACCAAUCAGCUGAGGAAGCCACCGAAGCCCUGGAGGUACCAGAAACUUCUGCCACUGAAGCAGAUCCUGCUCAGGUACGGCCUGGGCCCUUGACAGAGCACGUAUUUACUGACCCAGCUCCUGUGGCAAAUGGCCGGCUUUGCAGUGAAAAUGGCCAUCUCAAGCCAGAAGUGAAUACAGCACCUCAAGAGACUGAACCAAACCAAGAGGCCUCCACAGGCACCAGCGCAUCCCCAACCAUGUGGUUAGGAGCACAAAAUGGCUGGCUCUAUGUUCACUCUGCGGUUUCUAACUGGAAAAAGUGCCUGCACUCCAUUAAACUGAAGGACUCCGUCUUGAGCCUUGUACAUGUAAAAGGCAGAGUUCUUGUUGCACUUGCAGAUGGGACACUGGCUAUUUUCCACCGGGGAGAAGACAAGCAGUGGGAUCUCAGCAACUACCAUUUGAUGGACCUAGGGCACACACACCACUCCAUUCGCUGCAUGGCUGUGGUAUAUGAUCGGGUCUGGUGUGGGUAUAAGAACAAAAUACAUGUAAUCCAGCCCAAAACCAUGCAGAUAGAGAAAUCGUUCGACGCUCACCCGCGCCGGGAGAGCCAGGUACGGCAGCUGGCAUGGAUUGGAGAUGGGGUAUGGGUGUCAAUCCGACUGGACUCAACCUUAAGGCUGUACCACGCACAUACACAUCAGCACCUUCAGGAUGUGGAUAUUGAGCCUUACGUGAGCAAGAUGUUAGGCACAGGGAAAUUAGGCUUCUCAUUCGUUCGGAUCACAGCGCUGCUAAUCGCCGGCAAUCGGCUCUGGGUAGGGACAGGCAAUGGAGUGGUCAUCUCUAUCCCGCUGACAGAAACGGUAGUCCUACAUCGGGGGCAGCUGCUGGGGCUGAGGGCCAACAAGACUUCACCCACCUCUGGAGAGGGAACGCGGCCUGGGGGAGUCAUCCACGUGUACAGCGAUGAGAACAGCGACAAGACCGCAGGCAGUUUUAUCCCAUACUGCUCCAUGGCACAGGCCCAGCUCUGUUUCCAUGGGCACCGGGAUGCGGUUAAGUUUUUUGUAUCUGUACCAGGGAAUGUGCUGGCUACCCUGAAUGGCAGUGUGCUGGACAGCCCAUCAGAGAACCCUGGGACCCCGGCUGAGACAGAAGAGCAAAAGCUUAAGAAUGUCCUGGUGCUGAGUGGAGGAGAGGGAUACAUUGAUUUCCGCAUUGGAGACGGAGAAGAUGAUGAGACUGAAGAGCACUCUGCCGAUGGAAACCAACCAAAACCAGUACUUUCUAAGGCUGAACGAAGCCACAUCAUUGUCUGGCAGGUCUCCUACUUGCCAGAAUAAGAGCGGCCAAUGUUUAAUCAACCCCCAGAAUGCCAAGACACCUCCUGCAUCCCUCCUGCUGGAAAAAAAACUGCUACUUACAUCCAACCCCGGCUAUCACUCUCCAUAAACCUCUCCUUUAGAUCUUGGUGGAACUAUAAAGAUACCCCGAGCAUUUUCUAUACUCUUAUCUGCUAUUUUUCUGCUGCAUUAAGAACCCUUUUUCUUUUUUAAAAUGUAUCCAAUGCCAGAGAUCUGUACAGUAACAUUGCCAAAGAGGCUAGCAAAGGUUUCCACCAGCCCUUCUGGAAAGGACAUUUAUUAAUAGGGUGCAUUGGCCUAGGACAGAAAGCCUUACGCCUGCUAUCUCAUAUCUUAUGACACAUAGAUACAGUUGGAUGAGCUGGACCCAAACCUAAAAUGGUGCAAACACCAAACUCGGAUGGAAUCAGGGAAUCAUUUCUUGCCUUGUAUACUUGCUCAAAACAUGUCCCCUACAGUAAUCUGCUACUGUAGGUCUAUAGUAGGUUACAGUAGGUAGCUCUGCUGAAAGGCUGCUAGAAUGAGAGCACUAAGGCCAAUAGCACACUCCUAUUGAUACAAAGUUUGCACUCUCCUUGCUGACCAAUGCAAAGUGACCCACAAAUGAGUCCCAUGGCCUUAGAGUGGGCUGUGCAUUAUAGACCUUCCUUCCAGCAGCUGAGACCAUAUGGAGGCAGCCUCCUGUUAACAGUAUUGCAAAUUCAUUUUUUUCGAGUUGCUUUUUCUGUGAGCUACCCCAAAAAAAUAUACUGCAACUACUUAACCUGUUCAACCCCUCGGUUGGCAGCGGGACCAGCAAUUUUACUAGGAGUAGAAGUUUCCCCCUAUCAGCAGUUCCCAGAUAUAUUGGGUCCAGCAUUAAAGGGAUAUAUCUUUGCUAAUGCAUGAGCACUCACCCUGCAGGUGCCUGCCUAACAAGUACAAACCCUUUGACAUGGGACACCCUAUGCAUUAAUAUUAAACUCCUCCUACAAAAAGGAGCACCUAUGCUUUGGAAUAAUCUGCACUUGUAAGCUCUUUAAUGCAUAUUGUGCUAUAAUAAAGCCACACCCCUUUGUAAUAUGGGGGCUAAAACAUUCUAAUUCUCCCUAGAUCAUGCAUGUAAUCCCUUUAUUCCUGUGCAGAUAAAGGUGCCUGCAAAGCAUUAAUGUGACAGGCACCUCUGGGGGUGCAGGGGUUAACAAGAAAUAAAAAAAAGCACAUUCUUGCCAGAUAAUAAGGAGUUACUGGCUCUAACAUAGGGGUGUGAAACCCGCGUCACCCUCCAGAUGUUGUUGGGAGAUGUUGAGAGGUGUAGUUCGACAGCAACACAUGCUUGCUCUAACGGUUCAUCCUACCUAUGGCAAUGACGUAUGUAAAGAUUCCCUGUAUGUGUCACAAGGGGACUGUCCGGUGUGUCUCUUUCCAGGCUUGUAAACUCCGCUGUGUGUUGUUUGUCCUUCUGGUCAUAAGGUUGGCAUUAUGUAAAGAGCUGUACCUAUAAUUCCCUCUGCUUCUCUCUCUCUGUCCCCCCCUUGUGACACCAAUACUCUGUAAUUGUUAUGUAUGUAAUAAAUGUAUUACAAAUGGAGA